AUGGAAGACCCCCUCAGGGAAGUCUACGAGCGGCGACGGGAACUAACCGAGGCCCUAGAGUCGAGCCCAUAUGAUCUCAUACUCUACCUCCAACGUGCACUAGUCCACAUUGAGCUGGGCUAUCCAGACCUGGCCAGUGGCGAUGCCUACAGAGCACUGCUCCUCACUGACGAGGUAGCAAACGAUGGGUUUGAAUAUCACGAAUCAGCCCUUGAAUGCCUCUCGAAAUACGAGGGAAGGCCGCUGGCUGAGCUGCUGCACGAGUGUACCCUAGCUGCAACCGCAGUUAGUACAGGCACAUCGGCCACCACCACCAAAGGAGAUGAAUCUACGUUGCUGGCCGAAGCCUCAGUCAAGUGUUUUCAGAUACUCUCGUCCAGUCUACUUCGUUGCGGCUGCCUCAAAAGCGCAUACAACUUCUGCCAACGAGGCCUGGCAGCCAAGGAGGACGACGAGCAGCUGACCACGACCCUCGAGCUCAUCAACGCAGCCGCUCGUCAGAGAUUGGGACGGGAGACGGUCGGCGUGGAGGACAUGCCCGACGCCGGCCUGGCCCGUAGGGAGGUGUACGCUUGGAACACGCACGAGCCCGACAGGUUCUCGCAGGAGUCGCUCGACUACCUGAACGAACAGCUCGUGGCCAUGGCGCCCAAGUGCGUCGUCAAGGCGUCGGAGCUUCCCGUGCUGGCGGCCGGCGUGGCGGAGCAGGGAACAUGCAAGCAGCUCGGCGUCUUUGCCGCUGCCGACAUUGGGCCCGGCGAGGUCGUGCUGCGGGAGUUUUCUGCUCUCACGGCCAACAACCGGCUGCAGGAGCCCGUGUGCGACGCCUGCGGGGAGGAGCUCCCUUCGCUGGACUCGGCGUCGGCUGAGGAUGGAGGCCAACAGGCCGUCAACUGUGAGGAGUGCUACGACACGGUGUUUUGCAGUCAAGAAUGCCACGACCAGGCUAUGGAGCUUUACCACCCGGCAGUCUGCGACAAGGGGGUAGACUCGAUCGCAAAAGACCCCGACGCCGCCGAGAUCGACUACUCGCUCUACCUACUACUCCUCGCUCGCCUGCUAGCCAUGGCCGAGCACCAGGACACGCACCCACUCGACGUCAGGGAGGUCAAGUACAUCUGGGGCGACUUUGUUCCUCGCGGCAGCAGCAGCAGCAGCAGCAACAGCGGUGUCGACGAAAACGAUGCCCACUCAAUGUCCGGGACCCUCCCGUUCUCCUUCAGGUUCAACAUCGAGACGCCGCUGCACGUCCUUGAGACGAUGGACGUCGACAUCUAUCGGACACUGGCAAGGCACGACACAUGGGUUAUGAAUACGCUUUACGCAAAAUUCCGCGGCACAGCCUCGGCGAGAAAGAGCACGCGCGACGGCCGUCCCGACGUUGCGGCAGUUCAUCCGUUUUGGUGCCUCGCGAACCACGACUGCGACCCGAACGUCACAUGGGAAUGGAGCGGCAGGAUGGUGCUGCGGGCCAAGGAGGAGCGCGUGGAAUGGGGAGGAGACCGCCGCGCCGCGGGGAUCAAGGCCGGAGACGAGAUACUCAACCACUACUGCGACGUCAACCUCGGCGUCCGGCAGCGCCGAGAAUGGGCAGAGGGGAGCCUUGGGGGCUGGUGCAUGUGCCAGAGGUGCCGGUAUGAGGCGGCAGCCGCCGAGAAGGGCGAAUGA